AGAAUUUUCUCUUUUUUUUAUAAAAAAACAGUUCUCUGUUUAAAAGUUUAUUUCGCAUUCAAACCCUAACUCCAUAGUUUUGGUGUUCUUCAAGGAUCGGUUGUUUGAACUCCAUUUUAAAGGCUUAUCUGCUUAACUGAUAAGGUUGAGUUUUGAAACAGGGCAACUGGGGUGUAUUUUUGAUGUGUACGAGAGGUAGUACUUUUCUUGUCAUGAAAUUUUAUCUUCUGAAUAUUUUUGGCUUGGUUUAUCUAUGCCUGGCAACGGAUUCGGUGACAGUAUUCAUAAUUUCCUUGGCCAAGAGAGCUUGUCCCUGGGCCAGCAUCACUCAGAGCUGGUUGACAGUACCUGGCAUGGUUUAAGUAACAAUCACUUUGUUGGAAGCCAGAUACACCCUGUUUCAAAUGUGAAGAAUUUCAGUGUAAAUCAAUUUGCUGAGUUUGACAGAGGGCAUAGUGGUCAGAAUUCAAGCCUGCAGCAUGGGCUGAACUUCGCACAAUCUGGUAUGAGACCUGAAAUUGCCAGAAAUCAAUCGCAAGAUCAAUCAUCAAUUGCAAAUGGCUAUAUGCAAGGACAUCGGGCUUUCGGGGCAAGGCUGAAUGAAAUGAACCUUUUGGGAGUGGCAGUAUCUAGAGGCUUGUCAGUUCUUGAUUCACCUAUGAAAUAUGGCCCCGAUCUUCAUGAAAAGAAUUCGUUUAGGUUGGAAUAUACUGAAUCUCCCAUUAAUUAUAACUUUCAUGGAGGGCAACAUCAAGUUAAUGGACAACAUCCUGGCAUGAUCCAGCCUUUACCAGAGCAGCAAUCUGGGAUGACGGACAUGCAACUGUUACAGCAACAGUCCAUUCUAAAGAACAUACAGGAAUUCCAGAGACAACAACUUCCAAAUCCACAAUUUCCGCUACCUGAAGUAAGGCAGUUGAGCUCUGUGAAUCAGGUUUCCUCUUUUGUGAAACAGGGAUCAGAUAAUUUCCCCCCAGCUCCUAUCAAUGGUGUUCCUGUCCUUGAUGCUUCAAAUUAUUCGUGGCAGCCUGAGAUCAUGACACAAAUGCAAAUUGGCUGCAACAUGAUGCCUUUUCUGCCAUGCCAGAAUGCUCUGGUGGAUUUAUGUCUUCCCCUGAGCAAGGGCAGGCGCGUUUGUGGUGCAUGGGGAAAUCCAUAUCAACAUUUAUAUGUCCAAAUAGAUAAGCCUUUAUCACAGCUGAUGCCAGCUAGCAGUAAUUCAUUUCCAGGUAGUCAGUUUGCUAUGUUUCCAGACCAAUUUGGGUUGCAAGAUGGAGCUUUGGUUUCCAGACAGGGUGAUCAGUUUAAAAAUGUAUUUGGUGAUGCAGCUCUUCAAGGUUCAAAUAUUGUAUUCAAUUCAGAAAACUUGCAGCAAAUGACUAUCCAGCUAAAAGAUAUAGGAAUGGUCUCUCAUGGGAGGCAAGAACAUCUUCGUCAAUCAGAAACAUCCCUGGAAAAGUCAGAAAUUCAGGCUCUGCACUCUCAGAAUGUGGCUUCGCUAGAUCCAACCGAAGAAAAGAUUUUGUUUGGUUCAGAUGACAGUGCAUGGGAUAUCUUUGGAAAGAACACCAACAUGGGUGCAGUUUUGGAUGGUACAGAUUCUUUUGUGGAAUUUCCUUCUCUGCAAAGUGGAAGUUGGAGUGCACUCAUGCAGUCUGCUGUAGCAGAAACAUCUAGUAACGACAUAGGGGUACAGGAAGAGUGGAGUGGUUUGGCUGUGCAUAGUAGUGAACCUCCUAGUGGAAACAUGCCACCUUCAAUUGCCAAUGAUGGCAGAAAACGUCAAUUGCCUGGAAUUGAUAACAACUUGCAGAAUGCCGUCACACUGAAUUCUAAAUUGUUAGGUCACAGUGCUCUACAAAAGCCUGUAGCUGAAAGUGCUCACUCCCCUGAUGUGCAAGCAACUGCAAAGAGUGUUUCAGGCCACCAAACCAUGUCCAUAUUUAAUGCUAGUGUUCAACCUUAUACUAAGGCAAAUGGUGGGAACUUCAUUGAGUCUGCAUCACGUAGUGGUGGGGCCAUAUCAAAAAGUCAGGAUAUCAAAAGUUCAUCACAACCUUCUCAUAGGGAUCACAAGGGUGUCAUGUCUGAGAAGAGAGGCCAUGGGUCUGGCCUUGAUCUUUCUGUUCAAGAAAAUAUUGAACCCUGGAAUGUGAUUACUGGCUUGGGAAGCCCACAAGUGAACAUAGAAGGUUCUGAUCUGGGUAAUGUUGCUGCAUUAACAGACACGAGAAUGAUAAGGGUUAACAAGGAAAGCUGUCAGCAACUUCCAAAUGGUCAUAGCCUUAAUCUCUGGAAAAAUAUUGAUUCUAAAGUAAACUUUGGACUAACCAGGGGGUCAUCACAGUAUCAGCAAAAUCUGGAUAAGAGCCCUCAAUCUUUUGAUUCAUCCAGAAAUAACUGCUUGGACAAAGGACUGUAUAAAGCAAAUAUGGAGGAGAACAUCACUGUCAAGGACACUUCAAAUGACAGUUUUCACUCCAACAUAUCUCACCAUACAUCCAUGGUGGCAUUAUGGACAAUGGCUGGCUAG